AUGGCUUCAGCUAGCGGCUCAAAGGAUUAUCCCCAAAGAUUGUACCCGGAAGGCAAAUCUCCUUUGCUGAAGAAGAGUUGUCAUCAUAACUGCAAGCUUCAUGAGUUCAUCAUGAUGAUCAGGGAUCACCUUGGGGAUGAAAUUUACAACGACAUCAUGAAUAAUUCUCAAGUUGGCGUGCUACUGAAGCUUGCAUUGACUUCGUUCAUAUGGAGUGCUAAGACGGUUCAGUAUUUUGUGAGCAACCAACUGAAGGUUGAUAGGAAUCAUGAGUUAUGGACUCUUAUUGGAGGUCGCCCGGUUAGAUUUUCACUCUUAGAGUAUGCUGAAAUCACGGGGCUAAACUGUGACCCAAUUGAUCCCAAUGACAAGUUGGAAAUAGAUCACACCGAAUUUUGGGCCGAGAUUGGAGUGAGAGGUGGGGAAGGCCCUAAUUGGAAUGAGUUAGAAGCUCAGAUGAAAACUUGCCAAGCAUGGACUUAUGAGAAGAAGAAGAUGUUGACGUUGCUUUUCAUUUUGCAUGUUGGUGUAUUGGGACUUCACCGCAACAGUCGAAUCCCAUUGGCUUUAGCCAAAACAGUUAUGGAUGAAGCAGCUUUCGAGAGACAGCCGUGGGGUCGUCAUGGAUUCCAUGAACUAAUUUAUUCCCUCAAGAUUGCUAACUUGGGGGGAGCACGAUACACUCUCCACGGAUGUGUACAGGCAAUGCUUGUUUGGGGUUAUGAGUGCAUCCCUAUAUUGGCUGAGAGAGCAGGGAAAAUACGCCCCGAUGUAGAUGACUCGGUUGUUCCUCUUCUUAGGUGGACUUUAUCACGGUGUCGUUAUGUUUUCGAGACUCUUUUGGAGAUGGAUAAGAGUGAAACCGAUGACCACAAGGUUCGGGUUAGACAUCUACUGGUGGUGAAGCCCUUGGAGGAAAUAUAUCCUGUCUGGGAAGGUGAACCCCGACGUGUAGACGUCGAUAUAAAGAUGCAUAACAUGAUAUGCGAUAUUCUGGAUGGAAGCUUGGAUGAGGGGUUCUGGGAAUCUCCCAAAAACGUAGGUGGCGAUACAACAGGUGGCGCUUCAACAGUUCAGACGCCGAAACAGUCGAAGACGAAGUUGGAAACUCCACGCGUGGAGAAGAAAAAGAAAGAGAAGGUGAAAGAGGCUGAAGCAACGGAUUCAACUCCGAGAAGCAAAAGGAGAAGGGAAAGAGAGGCAAGGAAAGAAGAGAAGGAGAAAAAGAAACGUAAGAAGGAGGAUGAGGAAGAAGAUGAUGAUUUUAACUCGCCGACCACCUGGAUAAGAGGAUUGCCGUUAUCGAGGAUAAACAUGAAGAGAAAGAGGAGGCCAUGGCGAAUUCUGGGAACAAGAUUCCAAAACCUCACCGAAAACCCCUAG